AUAACAUUGUUCUCGACUACAAGCGACUCGUCGAUUAGGCGACGGGACGGUUAUGAAUGGGAGCGGCAGCGUUCUCGCUGUGUCCGACCAGCUUGUCGCCAUAGGCGUGGAACGCGUCCGGGUGCUCGUGGUGCUCAUGCGCAUGUUCGCCCUCAUGGUGCUUGUGCUCGCCCUCAUGGUGGUGCUUGGCGUCGUAAUGGGGAACACCGAUGGUGGCAACGCCCGCUUGGGCGGCAGAGUGAGAGCCUCCGGCGGGAAUGGGCUGAGGAGGGUACGGGUGGUCAGCGGUCUCGAGAGCAAGAUCGACAAAGGCCUUGGGGUCCUGGUGCUUCUGCUCGACAACGGGCUCGAUUUCGGUGGUGUUGGUCAUGGUUGGCUUGAUUGGGUGGAUUGGCAAAGAGGAGGUAAGAGGGCGUGUUAUUUGGUGUGU